UUAUAAUAAAUUUAUGUAAAUAAAAAUCUUAAUUUUUGUCUUAAAAACACUGUGAUGUCUGAUGAUGGGGGUUGCGGUUUACGGGUUUACUAGAGUUAGGGUUCUGGGGGGGUUGAACCCUGGGGUGGCUCCAAAUCCCAAUUUUGCCUCUAGUGCACCCAAAGGACUAGAGCCGGCCCUGUCUGCAACACCGAGCACAAUUAGUGCACUUUGAAAAAAACAAAAAAAAAACACAUAUCCCAGCUGUUGCCAAGUCACUCUACCACAUUAGUAGCCUAAGUGACACAUUAUUUUUUUGUGGGGUGAAUGACGACCAGGUUUAUUUUUGUAAGAUCCGUGUGGUAUAAAUAGUGUCGCUUGCUAUGAAGCAAAGUGUUUGCAGUGAAUAUCUCAGUGUGACUUGUCUUCUUCAGCCUCUCCAGCAGUCUGUGUGUGUUCACUCUCUCUCUCUCUCUCUCUCUCUCUCUCUCUCCCUCUCCCUCCACCUCUGCCUGCCUGCCUGUCAGCUCGCCUCGACCACGUAGCAGCUUCCUGGCAGCGGCAGCCGCUUGUGUCUCCUCUCUGACACACACUCACACAGCCAGUCAGUCAGUAUCAGUAGCCUAUGUAGAACCACGUCGCACCAGCUGGGGAUUUAACCACCACCACCUCCACCACCGGCCGAAGCGACCAUGGACCUCUUUGAAUUCGACUUUUUCAGAGACUGGGAGCUUGAACAACCAUGUCAUCUGGAGUCGGAUCGCAGCGCCCUGAAGAGGAGGGAGUGGGAGAGGAGGAACCAGGAGGUCCAACAGGAUGAAGACCUGUUCUCAACUGGAUUCAACCUGUUUGGAGAACCUUAUAAAACUAAUAAAGGUGAUGCGUUGGCCAGUCGCGUCCAGAACACGCUGGGUUCCUAUGAAGAAAUGAAAGACCUGCUAACCAGCCAUUCUAACCAGAGCCACUUGGUGGGAAUCCCCAAAGGCAGCAACAACGUGCAGACCCCGACCACUUCAACGACAGAGAGACCCGCCAUGGAGGCCCAGCUUUUCAACGAAGCCCUGAGAGGAGGAACAGCUGGAGGAGGAGGAGGAGGAGGAGGAGGAGGGGGAGGAGGAGUGGAGGGAGGUGGGGACAAGAGGAUGGGAAAUGCUUCUUCCUCAUCUUCAACUUCCAUGCAACCUCCUGCUUCGACCGCAUCGUCGACGAGCGCUGCAACGGUCCCGCAUCAGAAUUCGAAGAAGUCCCGGGGCUCCAUGGACUGGUCAAGGGCAGGCCAUGGACAGAGCGCCGCCCAAGGAGCAGGCCUCGUUCUUGGGUUGGCGCAGAACGGACAGGGGCAGGGGCAGGUCACAGCAGCGACGAGCGGAAGAGGGAAAAUGUCUCUACUAGAGGAACAGCAAAUGCAAAGACAUGAAGAGCUGUUUAGCUCACUUAAAGAUGAACUCGGUCUAAAAGGAGACUCAAGCCCUUCUUCCUCCUCUUCGUCCUCCUCUUCCUCAUCUUCUUCUGGGAGAAGACACGCUUCCCACCCCUCCAAAACCCUUCCUCUCCCAGAUGGCGGCAAUUUCCGAUCUUCCACCAUGGACGGUGGCCAUUUUAAGUCUUCCACUAACACAGAAAAUGGUGGACAUUUUAAAUCCUCCCCGUUUGAAAACGAGACGGGUUCUCACCUCUCCACAUCCUCGUCCCCGCUGGCUUCCACGUCCGUUCUGACUACGCCUACUCCUGGUCUAACCACUCCCACAUCUGGACUGACUACCCCCACCUUCCCACCCGGUAGCCUAUCAGGGAAGCCGAUCGCAAUCCAGCAGAAGCCCACAGCGUAUGUUCGACCGAUGGAUGGCCAGGACCAGGCGCCUAGUGACUCCCCCCAGCUUAAACCCCCUCUAGCGGCCACAGAGGGAUUUAACAACGGCCAGGCGUACGGAGGAAACUCUGGGAAUGCCAAGAAUAAACUGCCAAAACUGAGUCUCAGCCACGCAGGGGAGGUCAGCCUACCAAAUGACUCCAGCUGUGUUGAAGAGAUUCUGCGGGAGAUGACCCAUUCCUGGCCUCCUCCUCUCACAGCCAUACACACUCCUGGAAAGGCUGAUCAGACCAAGUUCCCCAUCCCAAACAAGGAGUCACAGCAUGUGACCUCGGGCUACAACACCCAGAAGCGAUGUACUGUAUCAGCUAACAAGCCUGCUGCGAAACCACCAACUGCACCACAGAAGUCAAUGUUGGAGGAUGACCUGAAGAUCAGCAGCGACGAGGAAGAGGCCGAGCAGCAGGUGUCUGACAAGCCCAAAGCCAGAGGCACAGCCCUAAGUGGAGCAUCAGGGAGCAGCAGUGAAUCAGAGAGCAGCUCAGAGUCAGACACAGACGAAUCAGAGAGCAGCUCCAGUGACAGCGAGUAUCAUCAGGCCUCCCGCACACACACUCCAGAGCCUGAGCCCCCUUCUGCCAACAAGUGGCAGCUGGACAGCUGGUUGAAUAAGGUCCAAGCUCAAACCAAACCCCAGGUUCCCCAACAGCAAGAACAUGGCACAGGCUCCAUCACCCAGGGUCCGAGGACUUUUUCUCCAGGGAGUGAAGCACCAGGAGCGGGUACAGCAACCAAGACCAAACCCUGCGGAUCCAACAGCGCCCCUGUUCCAGCUGCACCAACGGUGGAACACAAGGAGAUCAGGGGAGCCUUCUGCCCAGGCAGAGAGAAGGCCAAGGCCAAGCUCAGCCAGAAGGCCUCGGGGGAGAGCCAGAGGUCAAAGAUGAGGAUGUCGCCGGGCCUGUUGUCAGGGCCAGAGGUCACAACCCCGAGGAGGAACACCACAGGGAAGAAGCAGCCCAGACGGACGGAGAGGUCAAACAGUGUGGAGGAUAAUCAGAGCCAGACAUGGAGCAGAACAAACCAGCAUAGCCCUGCAGUGAGGGAGAAGGACCUGUUGCCUCCCCCCUCCCUGGAGCUUCAGAACCCCCCGAGGCCACGAACCAAACCCCCCAAUGGGAAAACAGCCCCCAGGAAAGAACCUCGCAGUGCUACCAACUCAAACAACAACACAGUUACUCCACCAGCGGCGCUACAGCAAACCCCCGUGCCAAUACCUGCUGUCAGUGUAAACCAGGACAAGAGGAAACACAGAGGUCCAAGCACCAAAAUCACACCCAAGUCCCGAGAAUUCAUCGAAACGGAUUCAUCCUCCUCCUCCUCUGAAUGCCACUCGGAUUCGGAGGAAGCCCUCAAAAUCCCCACUCUGCCACCUGAGACGACACGCUCUGCAAUUAACACACAGACUCUGUCCAACACACACAUGCACACGCCUCUCCCCCCGUGCCUCGGCUCCGCUGGCAGCGUGGGGAGUCUGGGAACAUUUGGUGGGAAGGGACUUCGAGUCAAAGAUGGUAGCAAUGUGACCACUAAUGGUAGCAGCAGUAGUAAUAGUAGCAUCAGCAGUGGUAGUAAUGGCAGCAGUAGUAGCUGUAACUCCCUAAGCAUUAGCAACAUAAGUGGUUCAUUUGGCACUUCUGUUCCUGAUCCUGGAGGGUUAGGAGGGCAGUGCAAAGACCCGGUGUCCGUGUCAUCACCUCCCAACAUUGGACACGAGGUGCCUCUGUCCCCCUUGGGGGAAUACCAAGAGAUCCAGAGUUUAUGGGUGAAAAUUGACCUGAGUUUGCUCAGCAGGGUGCCUGGCCAGUGUUUGGGGGAAAGAUCCAGGGUGGGAAUGGCCGAAAGGGACGGAAGUGAAGGGAGAGACAGAGAGAGACAGGGGGAGAGGGAGAGGACGGGGCUGGCCGAGAGAGAAAGACAGAAGCAGGCUGAGAGAGAGUUGCCAGGUCCGAGAGAGAGGCAGAAGUUACCUAAAGGGGAGAAACAGGACGAAGAGAAUGAGCGAUUAGUGCAGGACAGAGAGAGGCAAGGUGACAGAGACAGAUUAACAGAGAGAGAGAGGCAGAUGGACAGAGAGGACAGAGAAAGAUUGGGGCUCGGGGAGAGGGAAAGGACGACGGGGAGGGACAGAGAGAAGGUGUGCCAAGGUCUGGGGGUCCAGGACAACCCCCCUGUGCAAGAGCAGAGUAAUCCCAGGCUGGCAGGGAGGACGGAGAGAGGAGAGAACGGAGGCAAACACAGGAGGCAGGCAGCUGGAAACAUGGUGGUCCCAACAGAGAAACACACCAGCAAGAGCAAGAGGAAACACAAGUCGGACCACAGUGAUUCAUCAGUCAACGGCAAUAAGAAGCUGCGAUUGGACAAAGACUGUCAGCUCCUCCCACCCUGCAUCUCUCCAAUACACAACCACAAGAACAGCUCUACAGAUAGCUCACUAAACAGGAAGCAGUCUCGACGGCGCGAUGACAAGUUGCUUCCGCCCCUCCUGUCCCCCCUCUCUGACGAUCCCCCUCGGAAACGAACCUGUGACAGCAGUUCCUCUCUCAGCCAGGAGAGCGGCGCCGCUGGGAUGCUGCCCUGCUCCACCUCUUCCACUUCCACUUCCACCUCCUCUUCCUCACACAGACACAGGAGAGGUGAAGGCAAGGGGUCAUCAUCACAUGCAAGAAAUGGCAUUGAAGUGGAUACCCACGGCGAGAAGCCCAGCGCAGACGGUUACCAUGCCAACGGACAGUCAGACUCGGAGGUGUGGUCGGAACCACUGACGGAACCUGCCGAACCUCGGAGGCCAAAACUGUCAUUCAGCGACACAGUCCACAGUGCAGACUACUACAUGCAGGAGGCCAAGAGACUGAAGCACAAGGCCGAUGCUCUGAUGGACAAAUUUGGUAAAGCGGUGAACUACGCAGACGGCGCCCUCUCCUUCAUAGAGUGUGGGAAUGCGAUGGAGCGAGAUCCGCUGGAGGCCAAAUCACCAUAUACCAUGUACUCUGAGACUGUGGAGCUAAUAAGGUACGCCAUGAGGUUGAAGAACUUCACCAGCCAUUCAGCCACCGUCGCUGAGAAGAAGCUAGCUGUGUUGUGUAACCGCUGUCUGUCUCUGCUGUAUCUGAGGAUGUUCCAUUUGAAGAAAGACCACGCUGUCAAGUACUCGCGGUCGCUCAUGGAGUACUUCAAGAAUUCAGCCAAGAGUUCCCACCAAGCGCCGUCUCCCUGGAGGACCAAUGGGAAGGUCAAUGGGACUCCAUCUCCGCUCUCACUCAGCCCCUCCCCAGCCAGCAGCGGAGGAGCAGGAGGAGGAUCUGGAGGUGCCCCGGGCUCGUCAGGAAGUGUGGCUAUUCCCCAACGGAUUCACCACAUGGCCGCCAGUCACGUCAACAUCACCAACAACAUCCUGCGGAGCUACGAACACUGGGAGACGGCUGACAGACUGGCCACUGAUAGCCAAGAGUUCUUCCAGGGGCUGGACUCGGUGAUGGAGCCGUUGAGUCAGCAGAGCAGCAUGACAGAGCUGGUCCGAUACAUCAGGCAGGGACUGCACUGGCUCCGCUUAGAGGCUCACCUGCUGUAAGAACUGGACCGGAGCCAAAAUGUAAAAAAAAAAUUAAAUGGGCCUGGGAGCUAGAACUGGGAUAACAAGUGA